ACAGCUCCUAAGAUCGAGGCAAACACGCACGCGCAUGUGCCGUCCUUGGCUAAUUCAAAUUGUAUCUUUUGGUCUCAACCAUGGCAAAAUUAGAGGGCAGAUAUCCAUUUGGCGUGACUAUGUGGACAUUGUGAGUUGUGAAGUCCAGGUCACAGCCAACCGGAGGCGCAGGAGACCCAAUUUUAGCCUGGCUGUGGACUCAUUUCAGCUCCGCCGUGUCAGGCACAAUCCUACAGCUGAGCUUCGCCCGGCGCAGUCAUAUACUGCCUCUUCUGCCUUCCUCUUUCUCUUUUAAGAUCAGAACACCGCAUCUGAAAGGGGCGAGCCCGCAACAAAUCAAUUGGCACAGAAGCCUUCGUUACCCCUCCGAUACCCCACCAUGGCCGAUUCAAUCAAGGCGGAGAUCGCGACAAUCGAGAAGAAGAUUGAAGAUCUCCAGGCGCAGCUAGUAGACGCAAAGGCAAGAUUACAGAAGAGCCAGAAUGAGUCGGCUGCAAGCGACGAGUUGGCAAACAUGUCGCCGGAGCAGAAGAUGGAUCUCAUCAAGGUCAACUUGAAGGAGGUGCUCAACCCCGAAAUUAUGGAGGCAGCACUCAAAGAAGGCAGACCACUCAAGGUCUACUGGGGGACUGCAACCACAGGCAGGCCACACUGCGGAUACUUUGUGCCUAUCCUCAAGCUCGCGCAGUUCCUCUCUGCUGGUUGCCACGUCAAGAUUCUUCUCGCAGACAUUCAUGGCUUCCUCGACAACCUGAAAGCCCCUAUCGAGCUCGUCAAGUUCCGCGCUGAGUACUACCGCUUCACCAUCACCGCCCUCCUCAGAGCCGUCAACGUUCCCAUCGACCGUCUCGAGUUCGUCCUCGGGUCCUCAUACGAGCUGAAGCCUGAUUAUAUGAUGGAUGUGCUCCGCCUAGCUUCUAUCACCUCUGAACACGACGCAAAGAGGGCUGGCGCUGAAGUCGUCAAGCAAACCGACAACGCCCCUUUGUCCGGUCUACUCUACCCACUCAUGCAAGCCCUUGACGAGCAGUAUCUUGAUGUCGAUAUGCAAUUCGGCGGCGUCGACCAACGCAAAAUCUUCGCUCUCGCAAAGGACAUCCUCCCCAAGAUUGGCUACAAAGAGCGCGCCCACUGCAUGAACCCUAUGGUCCCUGGUCUUCAAGGUGGCAAGAUGAGCGCCUCAGACCCCGACUCCAAGAUCGACGUUCUCGACAACGAAGAUAUCGUCAGGCGCAAACUCAAGAAGGCGCACGCCGCCCCCAAGGUCGUCGAGGAGAAUGGAAUUCUCUCGUUCGUCGAGUACGUUCUCCUGCCGGCGUCCUACCUUCGCCACGGAGAAACCAAGUUUGUAGUUCCCCGUCGCGACGCUGAGCCGCUUGAGUACACGUCGAUCGCCCAGAUGCACGCAGACUACAAGGCGGACAUUCUCUCACCGCAAACCCUGAAGCCGGCUGUCAUCGAUGCACUCAACGCGCUGCUCAAGCCGGUGCAGGAGGAGUUUCAGAAUAGCGCCGAGUGGAAGGAAAUCGAGCAGAAAGCCUACCCGCCGCCGCCGGCAGAGAAGAAAAAAGAGAAGAAGGUCAAGAACAAGGGCACCUUCCAUCCAGGCGCCAAGAAGGUGGAAGCCAAGCCUGAUGGGCAUGUCGAGGGCACGGAUAAGGCCGAAGUUGAGAUCGGCGCAGAAGGUGGGGCGAAGGCGAUUGAGGGCCUGACGCUGGAGGAUAAGAAAUAAUGCAUCUCAAGUGUCCUUAUAUCAGUGCGUGACGGACCUUAGAUGUCGGGCAAUAGGCGCCCAAGAAGCAUAGCUACAUAUGAAUGACGAUGAUCAUGGCACAAUCUCAAUGAUGCGCAUCAUGGGUGGAGACUCUUUAGACCGCACGAGAGCAAGGGCUGAAAAGACGUAAAAGU